GUUCUCCACGCCUUGUCCGUUGGCAUUGCACCCACAAUGUUUUUCCAACGCACAGUUAUCGCCCUCUCGAGGCGCGCCCCAGCCCGGGCCCUCUCUGUUCGCCCGUUCUCCUCCUCCAUCAUCCGCGCCAACCAGAACAAGUGGCAGCCUAAGCAGGAGGGCAAGAUCCUUCCUUUUGAAGAGAUCAAGACCGAGGAGGAUCUGAUUCCCCCUGGUGCCAAGCCUGGUACCGUUCCCAGCGAUAUCGAGCAGGCUACCGGUCUUGAACGUCUCGAACUUAUCGGAAAGAUGCAGGGCAUUGACAUUUUCGAUAUGAGGCCCCUUGAUGCUUCCAGAAAGGGAACUCUCGACAACCCAAUCAUUGUUAACGGUGCCGGUGACGAACAGUACGCUGGUUGCACCGGCUACCCUGCGGACUCCCACCAUGUCAACUGGCUUACUGUCUCCCGUGAGCGCCCCAUUGAGCGCUGCCUCGAGUGCGGCAACGUCGUCAAGCUGAACUACAUCGGCCCUGAGGAGGACCCUCAUGCUCAUGACCACGACCAUGGCCACCACCACCCGCCCUACGAGGAGCCCAAGACCUUCGCUGACUACGUCAAGCCCGAGUACUGGUACCGGUAAACGAUCUAAUCGAGCUCCAAGUUCGAUAAGACGAUAAUAGUGCCGUUGCUGUCUCCCUCCAUCGAUCCCUCGCUUCUCCUUUUGCUUACGCCAGAGAUUCCGGAGACAAUCGAUUGAUAUAAGACGUAGAGUGGUGCGGUGGACUGGGGAUUUAGAUGACAAAAUGUAAAUGUGUCCGGUCUGUACGUAGGCUAGGGCUAUGUGGUUGUAUCCCUAUCUUGUUGCUGAAUCCUGGCAUUUGGUCUCUGUAGAUUAGUGAAGAUGAAUAAAGCUGUUGUUAUAUU